AUGCCGGUUGUUACUACCGUUAGCGCAGUCCCGUCCGCCUGUCAGACGGGCCAGGCACCAUUGCUCCGUCUUACGGCGCCUACACCCCUGGCAGGCCUCUCACCGCCCGAUAAUGGCAGGUAUGACGAUGAUUAUGGAACUAUAGAGCUGCCAUUCAAGAUUCAGUGGUACGGUGAAGCCCAGAACACAGUCUAUGUUGGUACCAACGGAUAUAUCACUUUGAUCGACCCCACAACCCAAUUCGAGGUUCGGAGCAUGCCGUCUAGCUGGCUCCCCAAGUUCGCCGCCGCUCCUUUUUGGGACGACCUCUAUGUUGAGGAUAACACGGAUCAAGGCAUCUGGUACCAGAUUACCCAAGACUACCUCAUCAUCGAAUGGAUCGCUCAGCGGCGGGACCCUACUGUAACCGAUUAUGUCCAGUUCCAGCUGGUCUACGCCCGUGCGAGACCUGGAAUUGUACAGUACAGGUACUUCAUCACGGGCAACGGGAACGGGAAUGCUGCGUCUGUUGGCGUGCAGGGCGAUCUUACAGGGACAUCUGAAUACGCUACCAUUGCCGCUACCUUCUCGUACAGGCAGUCGAGGAUCCUACCUUGUAUCCAGGUUACGUGCGAUACCAAUGGGAAUUCGAGCAGUCUGUGUACAUCGGCACCGUUCACAGAGGUGGCUCUCUCGUAG